AACAGCAGGCUUUGAUCAUGUGGUCUUGGCUGAAUCCCAAAUUCUUCUUUCUCCCUAUAUAAGUGCACUGCAUCAGGGUAUGAAAUAAUAGACUCCUAUACCUUGCUUAGUGACCUAUUUGUCCAAUAAAGUGGCUUUUGGGAUUUCGCCAGCGACGGCUUCGAUGGCGUUAUAUUGAUGACUGUUUUAUGAGGCUGGUUUAUUGGCGUUUAAUCGGUUUAUUGUAAUUGAAACCAGUUUUGGUGAAAGGAAAGUAAAUAAUAAUGGCCAGCCAGCUGUUGGAAGCCAAGGUGAUGGUGGAGAGCUUGCGUGUGGCCGAGCUGCAGUCCCUCCUCUCCGCUAUGGGAAAGGACAAGAAAGGGCUGAAGAAGGACCUAGUGCAGAGAGUCACCGAGCUCCUCCAUAACAACUUCCAUCCAGAGCUUUUCUCUGCUAUCCAGGAGCUCUAUGACCAUCGUCACUACACUGCCAAAGCCAACAGCAGACGCUCCCAGGUCAUCACCAUGCUGACUGCUGUCGAGGUGGUGGCCAAUCAUCCAAAGAAAUCCUGUGGGCCAGUGCACAAACCUGAAGUGCACAUGAUCAAGCUUCCAUUCUAUCAGACCCUGGAGACUAUUGUUGCUCCAGUAUCACUAGUGCCCACGUUUUCAACUAGGCCACAGACCAACUACAUCACGUUUUGUCUGACUACAAAACAGUCAGCUCAGAUCAAGAACCGUCAGACCAAAGCUGGAGUGACGUCUGUUCAGGUGGUGCUCAGAAUUUGCUACACAGAGAGUAUUGGUGUCGAAGAUGAUCAAUAUCCACCAAAUAUUGCUGUUUUGGUCAAUGGCCAUGACUGUCCUGUACAGGCUCACUACUCUUCCAAUAAAAAAGGACUGGAACCUUGUCAUCCUUGUCGUCCAAUCAAUCUCACACCGUUUGUGAAACAGAUCACUGAGAAUCGCGUUGCUAUCUCCUGGGAGAACAUUGGCAAGUUUUACUCUGUGGCUGUAUAUCUGGUGAAGGUGUUCUCUUCAGCAGAUUUGCAUGCACAGCUCCAGAAAAAUGGAGUGCAGAGUGUGGAGUGCUGCAAACAAAAAGUUUGCGAGAAGCUGCGCUGUAAUCCUGAGAAUGAGAUCACCACCACAGGGCUGCAAGUGUCCCUUAUCUGUCCUCUGGCAAAAAUGCGCAUGUCUACCCCCUGUCGAGCUCAGACGUGUGCCCAUCUGCAGUGUUUUGAUGCUGCCUUCUACCUGCAGAUGAACGAGAGGAAGCCUAGCUGGACUUGUCCUGUCUGCCAUAAGCCUGCCCUCUUUGACACGCUACAGAUCGAUGGUUUGCUGAGUGGCAUACUCCAGUGCGCAGACGAGGCCGUGAAGGAGAUUGAGUACCUGUCUAAUGGCUCUUGGAGAGCAGUGGGGAAGGAAAAAGAGUGCAGCAAAACCACAGAUCUCUCCUCACUCAGCCACAGUAAGACCUGCUUCAUCUUAAAGAGAACAGUUCUGUGGUGCGAGAUGUCGUGGAUCUAACUCAGUGCUCAUCUGACAGUGAUGAUGGUGGUGAGGCCAUGCAGAGAGAACAGAUUGUUUGGACACACGUAAAAAAUGAAAGAGUGCGCUUCUCCAAAGGCAACGUGCAUGUGAAGUUAUGAUUGACAAAUUACACCUGGCAAAUUAUGUAUUUUUGUCAUUCUUAAAUUAUAUUUAUUCUAAGCUCCAGUAUUACAAGGUAUACUGUAUAUGUUUGUUUCUUACUAUACUGUUUGUUUCUAUUUUAUGUACUCAAACUGCCAGACAGGUCAAAUAAAAGUUUGUUUUUAUGUC